CACCCACACACAAAAACACAAACACAAUUAGCGCAAGCUUAAGCUGAUUGGCGCGAGCUUAAUCCCACCAUUAGCCAAGGGUAAUUAAGCAAGAGAGGAGGAGGAGAUGAUGGCGAGCGACGGGAGCAGCACGAGCGGCGGGGCGGGGUGCGCGGUGUGCGGGGGCGCGGCGGCGGUGUACUGCGCGGCGGAUGCGGCGGCGCUCUGCGUGCCGUGCGACGCGGCGGUGCACGCGGCCAACCCGCUGGCGUCGCGCCACGAGCGGGUGCCGCUCGCAGUCGCCAUGGCGGCGGCGAGCUCCGGGGUGUACGACCAGCUGUUCGCGGCCGACGACGACGCCGCCUCGUCCUGGGCGGCGGCGGCGCAGCGCGGGCAGGGGAGCGGGAGCCCCAACAACGAUAGCUCGUCGAGCUUCACCACCAACGACAGCGGCGCAGUCGGCGCCGCCGAGAGGAGCCUCUUUGACCUCCUCUCCGACGUCGACGUCAUGCCCUGCGGCGCCGGCCUCGCGCCGUCGUUCGACGGCGUCGUGGCCCCGCACGGCGCCGCGCCGCCGCUGUGGCUUCACCCGGGCCAGCUCGCCGCGCUGACCCCGUGGUCCCCGGCCGACGCCGUCGUCGUCGUCCCGACCACCGCGGCCGCGGCCGCGGCGGCGAGGGAGGAGAGGGUGAGGCGCUACCGCGAGAAGCGCAAGAACCGCAAGUUCCAGAAGACCAUCCGCUACGCCUCCCGCAAGGCCUACGCCGAGGCGCGGCCGAGGAUCAAGGGCCGCUUCGUCAAGCGCGCCUCCACCACCACCGCCUCCUCCUCCUCAUCGGAGGACGACAGCACAGCCGCCGCCGCCGCCCUCACCGGCGCCGCCACGGAGGAGGCCAAGUUCUGGCUCUCCUUCUCCGACGACGGCGUAGGGUUCUACAUGGACAACGCCGCCGGCGCCGCGGCCUACGGCGUCGUGCCAACCUUCUAGAAAACCAAUUCCAAAGAAAACCUCCCCAAUGGACGCCAUUGGCAAUGGCGUUUGCCCGUCUUAAGAUUAAGAAAAGGGCAACAUGCCAUACCUUGCCAUCAUGCUAAUGGUGGCAUGGUGUUCAUGUCGUCGUCGUUGUCGUCGUCUUCCUCCUCGUCGUUGCUUUCCGCUUCCGUGGUGGAAAACCCGCAUCGCUAUUUUUAACUGCCGAUGCGGGCCGAUGGGUGGAAUAUGAAUUUCAUUUCCAUCGGUUUAAAUUAGGGUGAUUAUUGAUGCAUUGUACCAAUAGCUCGUGUAGUUUGUAUGGUCCAUUAUUCGAAAUAAUGAAAAAAUCCAAUGUGAUUUUUCUCUUA